AUGCCCAACACGAUAGUUGAAAGCAUUCAAAGAAUACCUCCUGUGACUCGGUUUUUCACGUUGGCAUCAGUUAUGGCGUGCUUGGGUGUCACCACGUUCGGUGCACUUCCACGACUCUUCUACUUCAACCAAGAUUUAUUUUAUGAUAUCGCUGUCCUCCAUCACAUUUACAAGACGGGAAAUUGGUUCGACACCGUCAGCGCUAUAGGUCUACAAGUACUCAACUCCUACAAGUUUAUAACAUCUAUCCUCGUCCCUAGGGGUGUCGUUACCCCCGUAAGAUGGAACGCCGUGAUGGAGAUUUACUUCUUCUACACCUUCUCCAACCAUUUAGAAGCAUUCGGCGGCAAAUUCAACGGCAACUUCGCUGACUACUUAUGGUACACCAUCACCUGCGGAACAAUGGUCACCAUAUUUGCCUUGUUUUGGAAUGCCUUUAUCUAUUCAACUAUGAUAUUCCCCCACUACUGUUUAUUGGCAUGUCUCACAUACACCUGGUCGAGAGCCAACAAAAACGCCAAAAUAAAUUUGAUGGGAAUCGUGCCCCUAAAGGCAUACUACUUGCCCUUGGGCAAUAUCUUGACCCUGUUAAUUCUUGUUGGUCCUUCCAGUCUUGUUGACAUCAUUAUCGGAAUUGUGUCGGGGUAUCUUUAUCUUUGUGUCCAGCUGAACACUUGGCCCAUAUAUAACUUACUACCAGGUGCCUAUGGCCACCACAAUACAAGAAACCACAAUGAUGACGCUCACAAAGUGGGAAUUCUGACCUAUGUCGAUACCCGUAAGGCGUCUGGCGGAAGUCAAUACGAGUACAUUAGCGACUCCAUCUACGAUAAAGGGUACUGGAAGGCCCCCAAGUUUUUCUACACCCUUUUGAGGUACCCAUAUAACAACUCAGUCAGAACUACCGCUAUUGAUACCGCGCCAAGACGACCACAGCUCCGCGACGAUUCAACUGCUACUUCCUCGGGGUAUUCAUGGUUUGGAAGCGGCUAUAAAACUGAAUUCAAAGGGAAAGGUCAUAGAUUAGGUAGUUAA